AUGAUAGCACCAUCGGCAAGUAUUGGUGGAGAUAGUGGCGGCGGAAGGCGGAGCUACUAUCCUGACAUGGCGGGGCAUGAACUGGAUUCAUGUACUGAGAUUGGAACCACUGGAGAAUCAGAAAAUGCAGAUUCUGGAGUUUUGAAAUACAAGGGAUUCGGUUUUCUUACGAUGUCAACUCCACAAGUCCUAGGAUCGGCUACCGGGACUUGCGGUUAUGACGAGCCAGAAUGCAUUGGCAAUGGACAAAAAGUACUCUUUUAUACCUCAUUGGCUUUUAUAGUUGUUGGGAUGUGCGGGCAUCUGAUCUGUUGGACUCCAUUCAUGGCUGAACAAGUGAAUAAAGAAGAAGAUAUUACAGAGGAGAAACAAUCUUGCAAUUCUUUCAGCUAUUUAACAGUUAAAAUCGUCACCAUUUUUGCAGUCCUAGCACCGUCUUCUGUCAAAUUGUGGAUGGUUCGGUUUGGGAUACCAGUAGUGUUUGGUCUGGUUGCAACAGUCACGUUUCUCACAGGUUCAUGUUCCUACAAAUAUGUUCGACCACAGGGAAGUCCAUUGACGUCGUUUGUUAGAGUUUUUGUUGCCUCAACAUCCAAGUUCGGUUAUUCAGCUCCAAAAGAUGCCAAUGAAUUGUAUGAAAAUCGAAAUUCUGAAAUCAAAUUAGUUCCCCAUACAAGGAGCCUGAGGUGCUUGGACAAGGCUGCAAUUAUAGUAUCAUCAACAACUAUAGAGGAACUUGCUGCAAUAGUGGAGAACCAAAGGCUCGAUGUUGUUCAAGAGCAUGGUUCACUAGAUAGUCCCGGUCCAGUCCCCAUGACUGUGUUUUGGCUACUCCCUCAGUUCCUUCUACUUGCUGCACUUGAUGGAAUUUUCUACAGUAGUGCAGUGACAUUCUUCAAAGAUCAAUCUCCAAUUUCCACAAAAAAAUACUUGCCCUCCUUCAUUAGCGGCGUAUUUGGUGUUGGGAUUUUGAGUAGUGCAUUAUCUGUGUACAUUGUGGGUAAAAUCAGCGAGAGGGGAGGACAAAAUCGGAAUUGGUUCCACCACAACAUAAACAGAAGUCGACUUGAUAAGUAUUACUGGACACUAGCGUGGUUGAGUGCUAUAAAUCUAGUAAUUUUUAUUGUGGUAGCAAUUUUCUAUCGCUAUAACGAAUCAGAAUUGCAAAAACUUGAAGUUUCCAAGUUUGCUAAAGCAGAUGAGCCCUUUGAUGAUGAUGAUGAUGAUGCUAAUCGUUGUUGCUGCUAUUGUUGUUAG